AAAGCCCGACAGGAGGAGUGGGACUUGGUAUUGGGACACUAGCGACUCUUAAAUCCAGCCGCUCCUCUGUUUUUACGCAGGAGAUUUUUGAAGAAACAAACAACAAAACGGGGGGAGCCAAUAGAGAAAAGUAGCGUAGCCUUCCAUCGCCGGUAUUUUGGCAUCUUUUGAAAUUCUUCUCAGCCGCGGAGACACUUGGGGACCGAGGGACCUACCAUGACCAGGGCCGUGGAUGCCGUGCUGACCGUGCUGCUCACCGUCUCCCUGUCGUGCCGGGGCGUCCUCGGCGGCUACGGCAUGAGCCUGUUCGCGGCGCAGACCUCCCCGCCGGACCCCUGCUACGACGAGCACGGCAACCCGCGGCGCUGCAUCCCGGACUUCGUCAACUCCGCCUUCGGGAAGGAAGUGAAGGUGUCCAGCACCUGCGGCAAGACGCCCGGCCGCUACUGCGUGGUGACAUCGGCGGAGAAGGGAGACGAGAGGAUCAGAAACUGUCACACCUGCGACGCCUCGGACCCCAAGAAGUACCACCCUCCGGCGUACCUGACGGACCUCAACAACCCCCACAACCUCACCUGCUGGCAGUCCGAGAACUUCAUCCAGUACCCGCAAAACGUCACCCUGACGCUGUCCCUCGGCAAGAAGUUCGAGGUCACUUACGUGAGCCUACAGUUCUGCUCGCCCCGGCCCGAAUCCAUGGCUAUUUCCAAGUCCAUGGAUUACGGUAAAACUUGGGUACCCUUUCAGUUUUACUCGACCCAGUGCAGGAAGAUGUACAACAAGCCGAACAGAGCCGUCAUCACGAAGCAGAACGAGCAGGAGGCCGUCUGCACGGACUCCCACACCGACAUGUACCCCCUGACCGGGGGGCUCAUCGCCUUCAGCACGCUGGACGGCCGGCCGUCGGCGCACGACUUCGACAACUCUCCCGUGCUGCAGGACUGGGUGACAGCCACGGACAUUAAAGUCAUCUUCAGCCGGCUGCACACGUUCGGCGACGAGAACGAGGACGACUCGGAGCUGGCGCGGGACUCGUACUUCUACGCCGCUUCGGACCUGCAGGUCGGAGGGAGAUGCAAAUGCAACGGGCACGCGUCUCGGUGCGUAAAGGACCGGGAUGGGAGUCUGGUGUGCGAGUGCAAGCACAACACCGCCGGCCCGGAGUGCGACAGGUGUAAACCUUUCCACUACGACAGACCGUGGCAGAGAGCCACGGCCAGGGAGGCCAACGAGUGCGUCGCCUGUAACUGCAACCUUCAUGCCCGAAGGUGUCGUUUCAACAUGGAGCUGUACAAGCUGUCGGGGAGGAAGAGCGGAGGAGUCUGCCUCAACUGUCGCCACAACACAGCAGGUCGCCACUGCCACUACUGCAAGGAGGGCUACUACCGAGAUCUGUCCAAACCAAUCUCACACAGGAAAGCCUGCAAAGCAUGUGAUUGCCAUCCAGUGGGUGCUGCUGGCAAAACCUGUAACCAAACCACAGGACAAUGUCCCUGUAAAGACGGCGUGACUGGUAUCACGUGCAACCGCUGUGCUAAAGGCUACCAGCAGAGCCGCUCGCCCAUUGCCCCCUGCAUAAAGAUUCCAGUUGCACCUCUUACAACCCCGUCCAGCAGCACAGAGGAGCCAUCAGACUGUGACUCUUAUUGCAAGGCGUCUAAAGGCAAACUGAAAAUCAACAUGAAGAAGUACUGCAAGAAAGAUUACGCUGUCCAAGUGCACAUCCUGAAGGCAGACAAAGCCAGCGAGUGGUGGAAGUUCACCGUCAACAUCAUCUCCGUCUACAAGCAGGGCGAGAGCCGCAUCCGCCGCGGGGACCAGUUCCUGUGGGUCCGUGCCAAAGACGUGGCCUGCAAGUGUCCUAAAAUCAAGCCUGGGAAGAAGUACCUGCUGCUGGGGAAUGACGAGGACUCCCCCGGCCAGGGCGGAGUGGUGGCAGACAAAGGCAGCCUGGUUAUCCAGUGGAGGGACACGUGGGCGCGCAGGCUCAGGAAGUUCCAGCAGCGGGAGAAGAAAGGCAAGUGCAAGAAGCCAUAAGCGAAAAACGUUGGAGAGGAUGCCAGAGAAGAGGAGAAAUUAAAUACAAAAUCUGAGCGGGUGUUUUAAAAAAAAAAAAAAAGAAAGAGAGAUGGACAGAGGACCAUGGACAGAGAAGAGACUGUUUAUGUCGCUGCUUUUUUGUGUAGAAGCAUGAAGAGAAUUAUUUAGGAUGAUUUGUCUUUUCUAGUGAACUUUUGUUGAAGGAGCUCACCUUGCAGAUUUGGUUUUAUGGUUUAUGUUACUUUGAGAUUUGUCUCUCUUGUGGAUUUGCCGAAUUUGCACCUAUUACCAGUAUAUAAAGUUAUUUGUGUUUGAUUUUGUUAUCUCAGUAUGAAAUCAUUAUAUUUUAUGUUUUAAUUUUAUGGACAUUUUCUGCUGAUGCAAAAAUGACACAGAAAACCCACUUAAUAACCACUGCAAUUUUGCCUCUGCACGGUUUUCUUAUUGUAUUCUUAGCUAAGAAGCUUGUUUCAUCAAAAGUCUUCACUGAACUAAUUGAGGCAGAAAUAUUUCUCAGAAUUGUGCCAUAAAGACAACUGUUUCUAAGCAACGUAAAUGGAUAGUAUAUUUAGCUGUCAAUUUGAUUCACUUGUUGUAAAAAUUCAGGUACAUCUACAACUCAACAAACAAGAAAUCUAUUGCCCUUCAUUUUUAGCUGUCAAGCCUUGUACAAAUUUAGAAUAUGUCGGCAAAAGAACAAGACCAAGGAUAAAGCACAGUAUUUACUGAAGCAUAUUUGGCCUGACUAAUCUUGAGCAUAUUUUUAUUCCCCUAUCUGCCCCCUUCAGACUUCACUGGUUAAAUUUUGGUGGUUCAGUAUUUGUACAAACCUGCAUGUGAACGCUUCUAAUUUGCAGCUGUAAUGUUCAGUUCUCUAAUUGGUGCUGCUGAUGGUACUAACGUUAAAAUUACGCUUUUUUGGGGGGAGGACAGAAUGCAUUUAAAAUCAACGAUUUCACCCUAAGUACUUACAGUAAUUGUGAUUUUUUUUUUAUAUUUCACAACUCCAGCGGGAGUUUAACAACUGACUUACAAAAGGACAAGAGGUCAGCCACAUUGAUUGUUAUAUAAAUACUAUGAAAACAUCACAAAUUCAUCAGUUGUUCAUGGGUAGAUCUAAUAAAUAAUAAUGUAAUGAAUCUUAUUAAGUGGCUACAAAAUAAUAUGUAAGUUUGUUUUUGUUCAUCAACACUUUAGUGACAAUAUCAUACUUGUUCUACCACAAAAUGACUAGAGUUGUGAAAGUUACCCCAGGUUCGGCAGGUUGUGCAAAGUGGAAUGCGACAUUUGAAUUGUGCGAGUGAAAGCUGCAGCUGCAGGUACUGUGUGCUCUCGAUGCUGACAAUACUGACAAAGAAGUGCAUAUCGAAUAUCACAAGUGCAACAACGUAGAUGUUUGUAUGAUCAAUCUCUUUAGAAAUUUAUUCCCUCAUACCACCUCAUGAAAAACUCUGUACAAUGUGUUAAAAUGUAUCUUUAAAGACAAAGGAAGAAAAAUAUCCUUUUUUAAUUGACCUUUGCCUCUCACUAAGGUAUUACAAUAUAGAUGGCUGCCAAACAGUAAAUUUGAAAGGGUGUAUUUUUAUGUGGAACAUAAGUAAGAUAUUCACUUAAGACUUAAUCACUGCAGAUUGUAAGAGGCAAUGCCAAUAGGCAUAAUGAAAAGAAAAUAAUUUCCUUACCUCAUAUGGUGCCAUUAGUAACCCUAACACAAAACAGAAAAAUUAAAACUGCUCCUUGAAAAAGUACUCAACAAUUAUUUGAAAACACUCAUUAAGUAUUUUUGAAAUCCACCUCACACCGGCCUGUAUUCAUCUAGAGUAAUUCCUACAGUACUAUGAGUUUGUAGAUAACUUCCUUUUAAGUCCACGCAUUCUUUUACAAACACAAUGCAUGACUGCGCAUUCACAAAAAGACCACUGUGUGACCAGUCAGAAGCUGCAGUAUCCCAUUGACCUGUCACGUUAAUUCUCUUCACUUCUACACUUGCACAGGGAGAAAUGGGGUGAAUUGCAAUCACUUGACGCUGCUCGAUUCAAACCACAUUGCUCAUUUAUUUGUAUGCAGUUCAGUUUGGAUUUCUCCAAGGAAUGCGUGGUAAAAAUCACUGCUCAGGUUUGUAAAAAGCCCACAGUGUAUCUGAUGUAUCAUAAACUGGGGUUCCUUUCAGUCCAAACACACUGUGCAACCCUUUAAUGUUGCUGGUAUUUGUUGCUUUACAGAAUCACAUUUACUAUGGCACCUUCUAAAAUGUUCCACAGCACAAGUAACUGUGUUUGAAGAUCAUUUAAAGACACAUUUUUAAUCUAAUGGACUUCCUUUGUUGUAAAUGGUAAUAAUUUUUGACUCCACUAUCUCAGAAACUUAGUCAUUUGUCCAGGAAUUUUCCGGAUGGACUGAAAUGCCUCCUAGAUGACAAAUUAGAAGGGGCUUUUACAUCCUGUGAAAUCUAAAUCACCUGGGCUGAUCUGAAAGAUACAAAGUACAGAUGACAAAGUUGCUUAAGAACUUCUCAGUAUUUACAUUUAGGGUUUGAUGGAGCUUGUCUUUUUUACUGUACAAUCAACCAAAUGAUUUUGAUUUCAGUCCAACAUGAUGCUACAGUACGCGCUGGUGGCUUCUCCAGUGCUGAUGAUGACGACACGUUCACACAUACAGUAUAUUUACAGGUUCCUACCUUUCAUUUUUGAUCCUACAACAUAACGUUACAUGGCAAUGUUUUUCUGUUUGUCACAGUGUAAUCUGUAAUCACACCUCUUUAGUCUCUGAAGCCUCACGCUGUAAAUUUUACAUCCGUCUCCUGAGCAAUGGUUUGACAAGCUUCCUGAUGAAAUGCUACACGCAUACCUGUCAAAGCAUUGCUUUGUGUUCAUACUAUGAAUUGUAAAUGUUGUUUAGUUGUCACCAUUGCAAAGUCUCUUUGCAAUGUUGUUUUACAAUGCGUACUAAUAUAUUAUGGUUAUUAUAUAUGAAUAUAUUUAAUGACACAAGACAUUGUGGAUUUUAUUGUCUUUAUCAACUUUUUUUUUUAACUUGUGGUUGUUUAGAUCGUUGCCAUUAAAGAAGGAAAUAAUAACUACUGAACACAUCAACCUGGUAGAACUAAAUUCAGAUUAUCAGUUUAAAUAAACUCUUGUUACAUUGAAAAAUCAUUUGCCUCUGUUCCUUUAAAUGAUUAUUUGUACUUAUUUUGUUCUUGAGGUAAUACUAAGGUAAAUAACAGUCAGCUGUUAUCCAUUUACUGGUUGCCACUUCAUAACAUUACAAGUACACUGGACA